AUGUCUUCCUUUCGAACACAACCUUCUUCCUCUUCUUCAGUUUGGCAAAUCCAAUACAUGAAGCUCCAUUUCUUUACAAAGAUUCGUUCUCUUUUGAAAUCCAAAGCAUCCUCUCGCAAACGCAACCUUCAAGCCUCACCUGAGAAAUCAAGAACACAACAAGAUUCCGACAAGGUGGCGGCGAUUCCGGAAGCAGUAUCGAAACCACCCGAAGAUCAUGAAAAUGAGGAGGUUGUGAUGCAGAGAACUGUGAAGAAGCUUCACUUUGGAAGCUGGGAAGAGAAGAAGAAAGCUGCCAUCGAGAUUGAGAAACUUGCCAGAGAAGACAAGAAGACUCGAAAGCUCAUGGCUGAGCUUGGUGUUCUUCAGGUUCUUGUUUCUAUGGUUGCUUCUGAUGUCGCUGGCCAUCAAAGAGCUGCUGUUAAGGCUCUUAUUCAGCUUUCUCAUGGAACCUACACGAACAAGGCGCUGAUGGUGAACGCCGGAAUAUGCUCAAAGCUACCUAAAAAUAUUGAAGUUCUCGACCAAUCAACAAGGCAUGGCUUUUCAGAGCUUCUCCUUUCAUUGUCGUCUCUAACAAACACACAACUACCAGUAGCUUCAUCACAGAUUCUACCCUUUUUGAUGGACACGAUGAACUCAGAUUCAACGGAAAUGAAAACCAAAGAGAUAUGUUUAGCUACCAUAAACAACCUCUGCCUCGUGUUCGAAUACGCAGGACCGUUGGUCUCUAACAGGGCAGUGCAAACACUCCUAAGCCUAAUGUUGGUAAAAGACUUGUCCGAGAAGGCACUAGCGAGUCUAGGUCAACUGGUAGUGACUCAAAUGGGUAAAAAGGCAAUGGAGGAUUCUUUGACUGUGCCCAAGGGUUUGAUAGAGAUUCUGACAUGGGAAGAUAAACCUAAGUGUCAAGAAUACUCGGCGUAUAUUUUGAUGGUAUUAGCUCAUCAGAGUUGGAGCCAGCGGGAGAAAAUGGCUAAGGCAGGGAUUGUGCCUGUUCUUCUUGAAGUGACCUUACUUGGAAGCCCUCUGGUUCAGAAGAGGGCAGUGAAACUCUUGCAGUGGUUCAAGGAUGAGAGAAACGUACGGAUGGGUCCUCAUUCGGGUCCACAAAUGGGUCGGGUGAGUUCAGGGAUGGGAUCUCCAAUGAGUCCAAGAUCGGGGGAAGAAGGUAAGAAGAUGAUGAAGAAUCUAGUGAAACAGAGUUUGUACAAGAACAUGGAGAUGAUAACUAGACGAGGGAAUAUGGAUAUGGAGAAAGAAUGUUGUAGGCUUAAGUCCUUGAUCAUCAGCACAAGCUCUAAAAGCUUGACUUAUUGA